CAUCGAGGGUUUAUCAUGCGAUUCACCACCGGGCAUUAUUGGUUGUUGUUAAUCGCGGGUACAUUUUCCGUCUGCUGUUUAUGGAAGACCGGAUCGAUCAGCUGUUGGAGUAUGCGCGCGAAAGCUUUGAUCCACUUUGAUCUAUCGAUCCCGUCAUCCUUGUCUUCGUCAUCGUCCUGGACUACCUCGCAUCGUCCUCCUUUGAAUAGAAUCGACACGAAGCUAUCCACUCGUCGGAAACAUCGAAGCACCUUGUCUAGAUACAUGCUGCAAUUAUACCAUCGACGUCCGGACGCCGAUGUGGUCCGCGCGAUUCAGCCGGUGCACACUUCCGGUCCGCUCCGCGACGGCGGUAGGAUCCUAGAAUUCGCGAUUCCGACGGUCGACCUCGACGAGACGCUGGAAGCUGCGGAAUUACUCGGGAUAGCCGGCGCGAUAAUCCGGGUGCGAUCGUUGAACGAUCCGUCAAGGAGAAACGGAAGCGAGGAGAUCCUAAGCUCGAGGAAGGACGACGCCUGGCGCGCCUUCGACGUCACUUCCGCCGUCGCAGGCAGGAACACCGGCGAGAUCGUCCGACUCCGGGUUCACGGAAGGUUGACCUAUCGUCCUUACGGCGACAGUCCGAUCCUCCUGUUGAAUUACAGCAAGAUCCAGCGCCGUCGUCGAUCCGCGGAGGAUCAGCCGGAGGAUCAGGAUCGCUGGGACGCGGAGACGCCGCGUAGACGACGUCGCAACGGCUGCCGUCGACGUCCGAUGUACGUGGACUUCGCCUUGAUCGCCUACGACGAGUGGGUGGUCGCCCCACCAGGAUACGAGGCUUAUCAGUGCUCCGGGAAAUGUUCCUUCCCGUUCGGCGAUCAUCUCAGUCCGACCAAGCACGCGAUAGUGCAGACGUUGAUACACGGUGCUCUUCAAGCCAGCGAAGAUCUCGGUGGUAACAAAUUUGUCGGCAGACCCUGCUGCGUACCGACCAGGUUGGCACCCACGAGUCUCCUCUAUCUGGACGCAAGCGGUACUUUGACCUAUGAGUAUGGCUACGAGGACAUGGUCGUCUCGGAAUGCGGUUGUCGCUGA